CGUAUGGUUGUCCUUUGUCUGAGCCGUUGUCGAUACUCAUUGUCGCAUGAGUCGUUACGUUACGUCAGCCGCAACUGUCAUUGUCGCGAAGUGUCGCAGUUGCAACUUUGCAAGUUGCAUGUUGCGUGUUGGGUGUUGCGUGAGUGCAUGUUGCAUGAUUGGUGAAAAGACAAUGAAGUAGGCCUAAAUUGUGUUGUGUAAUUAAUUAAAUCAAAACUGAAAUUUUGAAAAUGAUCUUGUGAUGUGUUAAGGAAACUAGUGUUGUAUGAUGCACUCAUUAUUAAUCACUGGACGAUUGUUAUCGAGAGCAAUUUGGAAUGGAAUCGCAAAUGUAUCGACUGCAGCGGACCCAAAUGUUCAAAGAAAAACUGAGCCACAUCUAGUAUCGGCUGUUUGUGGAUUUUCAAAGGGGAGAAAAACUCAAAGACUGAUUAAAGGCCAAUUCGGCGACGAUGCCUGGUUCACAGCUAAAUACAAAUCCGCGGAUGUUUUGGGUGUGGCAGAUGGAGUGGGAGGAUGGAGGGCAUAUGGCAUUGAUCCUGGUGAAUUUUCCCUACACCUGAUGAAAACCUGUGAGCGUCUAGUGAAAUUAGGUCGUUUCAAUCCCACAAAUCCCUCAGAUCUUUUAGCAAAGAGUUAUUAUGAGCUGAUGCAUCAUAAGAAAGCUAUAUUAGACCAAAAACUUAAUUUCAAUCACCAUACUGCACUGAUUAAUAGAAAACUCAAAGAAAAGCAACAAAAAUUUACAAAUCAAUAG